CACUAUCACCUAUCGCACGACAAGCACUUCUGUGGUGGUAUUGAGGCAAAGCCUGAAGACUUCUGGGAUAUGGUUCAGGGAGGAGGGGUGAGAGGGUACAGGUAUAAAGGUAGGGUCAAGAAGGGUCACACAUCUCGGGCUGGUUGUAAACGUGAGGAGAAAAUUCUUCAGGUCCAGCAGAGUUCAGAAGAGGCCUGUGAGGACGCAGGAUGUGGAAGGACGAUAGCACUGCAGACGCCCAUCAGCAGAUCUCCCCCAGCGGUCCACUGUCUAAAGGAGCGAGCCGCAGAAAGAGGACCAGCUUCUCCAAAGAGCACGUAGAGCUGCUGAGGGCCACAUUUGAGACGGACCCGUACCCGGGCAUCAGCCUGAGGGAGAGCCUGUCUCAGACCACCGGCCUGCCUGAGUCACGAAUACAGGUUUGGUUCCAGAACAGGAGGGCUCGUACGCUUAAGUGUAAGAGCAGUAAGAAGACCUUGUGGCGAACCGACGCUGUUUUACACUCUUACGGAGGAGCCCAGAGUCCGGCAGCUCUGCCACACUACCCCGGCAGAGAGGUCAGAGAGGUCAGCCGGCCAUCGUCCCCACUGCCACUCGUUCACUCUGGCCACAUUAAAGAGGAGGUGGAGGAUGACUGUUACUACAGACACUGCUCCCCUUCCUCCAGCACCUGUGACGAUUCAGGCUACGGCACGCCAUCAUACGGAUACCACCAUGGUACCCAUGGAGCCCUGAACCCCUAUUCCACCCCCUCGCCCAUAACACCUGAACAGGUCACCCCCAACUGGGCUCUGAGGUACGAGAGAGGGGGGUAUGAGAGAGGGUCACCAGGAGGAGGACAAGGCGAUGCUGACUACACCCAGGCCUAUUACUGCCAUGCCUCCUCCACCCUGCAGACCUCUCUGGGCUCUGACUGUUGGGACAGGGGUCAGGACCAAACCCCAGCGGCCCCUGGGUUCUUCAGUCUUGGGGAAGCCGAGAAUCCUCAGGACAGACGCCUCCACAGUGGCCCGCUGCCCGAGCUGCCUGCUCUGUCGCUGCAGGAGAUCCUGGGUGAGCUGCAGGUGGACUGGUGGGAGGGAGAAGGCCACGGCAACCUACAAAGCUAAUGUAGCUAACAUAAAUAAAUGUAAAUAACAGCAUAGGCUUGACCAGUUAGCAUAGUGCUAACGGUUCAUUUACUCACUAAUUUCAUCCCAUUUUCUCCCCAAUGGUCAAAAGACCAACAACCCUAUCUACUCACUAGGAUUCCACCCAUCAUAAAUAAUGCCCCCAACUCUAGAAGACAGCCAUCAAUUCUUCUGAAACUGCCUCUGAUGCAGCAUUAACAGCUAGCCAGAGCAGCAACAGGCACAUGUGCUGACCUACAUUACAUUUACCCACCCAGACUAAGCAUGGCCAAUUAUGUUCUCUCGGACUCUGGCUGCUGAUGGCUGACAGCAUUCAAUCUGGGAUUCCUCACAUCAUAGUGCCAACGCCUUGGUUUCCUGGACAACUCAAGAGUUAUUUAUAACAUAGAUUAAAGAGUUGUCAAGCUGUAACAGAUGAUGUAAAACUGGAUUUUUUUAUUUAAAAUUUUUCCUUUCAGUUUCUUUGUUGAAUGUUUCCUUUCAGUUUCUUUGUUGAAUGUUUCUUUGUUGAAGUAAUCAAACUAAUACUGUUUUGAAAUUGGUUCUGGUAUGUUUUAUUUAUUCUAUUUAUUCUUGUUUGUUUAAAUUUAUCUCCUGAUUUAUUCAAUUGAAAACAAAUCUCAGCUUCAUGUAAAUAUGUCUUGUCUUGCAUUUUGAACUUCCUGCACUUUGUUAGAAUAAAGACAUUACCGAUGUUCUCUA